GGAAGUAUCGCGAGGUUUACAGGAGGGGUCAAAGUUAACACAUCCCUGUAGUGACCAUGUGUACCCACCACUGUGUACAACGCUUCAUUCGUAAAUAUCUAUGAAUGCGGUCACUAAGAGAAGUGUGCAGACGGACUUCACGUGGUGGAUUCAGUCCAUGAGUGCUGAAGUGAAUUCAUUGUGUUGUAGCUGAAUCUCCUGCGCUGCUUCGAUCGCUUCGUCUGAAACUCAUCGUGUAGCAGCAGGUUUUCUCAUGAUGGCUUGAUAACGUGACAUGUUGACAGUGCGACCAGUGUUCAGUGCCUUAGUUAAACACUCACUCACGACAAACACGAGAGGUGUUUCUCAUAUUCUGUGUCGCACGAUGACUGAAGCAUCAGAAGACGGAAACACAGCCAAGCUGCUGAAAAGAGCCAACGAGGAAAACGAAGACUCGGCUAAGAGGCUGCAGGCUGCAAAGAGAUUGAAAACAGAACAGGCUGAAGAUGAGAAGAAAUAUCCUAAGAAGAAAGUGGUGCUUCUCAUGGCGUACUCUGGAAAGGGCUACUAUGGCAUGCAGAGGAAUCCUGGAACCUCUGAGUUCAAGACCAUCGAAGGGGAUCUGGUCACCGCUCUCGUUAAAUCUGGCUGCAUUCCUGAAAACCACGGUGACGACAUGAAGAAGAUGUCUUUCCAAAGAUGUGCCAGAACAGAUAAGGGUGUGUCUGCUGCUGGACAAGUUGUGUCUCUAAAGCUGCGGCUGAUUGAGGACGUCAUUGAAAAAAUCAACGAGCAUCUUCCAAAACAGAUCAGAGUUCUUGGUCUUAAACGGGUCACCCAGGGUUUCAAUUCCAAAAACAACUGUGAUGGUCGUACUUACUCCUACAUGCUUCCAACAGUGGCCUUCUCCCCGAAAGACUCUGACACAGGGAACAUAGCAGCCUUUCGCUUGGAACCGGAGAAAAUUCAGAGGGUGAACCGUCUGUUUGCUCUGUACAAAGGCACCCAUAACUUCCACAACUUCACCUCCCAGAAGGCUCCUAACGACCCCAGCGCUCGCCGCUACAUCACAGAGAUGACCUGCGGGGAGCCUUUCAUCCGCAGCGACUCAGAGUUUGCAGUGAUCACUGUGCGAGGCCAGAGCUUUAUGAUGCACCAAAUCCGCAAGAUGAUCGGCCUGGUGAUUGCGAUAAUAAAGGGCUAUGCGACGGAGGAGGUGAUAGAGCGGAGCUGGGGACAGGAGAAGGUGGAUGUGCCCAAAGCUCCAGGACUGGGUCUGGUGCUAGAGAGGGUUCACUUUGACCGAUACAACAAACGCUUCGGAGGGGACGGGCUGCACGAGUGCUUAGAAUGGGACCGCGAGGAGGAAGUUAUCCAGGCUUUUAAGGAGGCUCACAUCUACCCCACCAUUGUUGAGACGGAGUCUCAGGAGGGCUCCAUGGUCAGCUGGAUGGCCACACUUCCUAUCCAUGACUUUGAAGGGACGGCUACUGGAACUCAAGACGCUAAGGACCAGAAACAGGACAAUGCAGAUGAAGAAAAUGACACAGAUUAGGUCACGCCUGCUGAAAGAAGAGGAAUUUCUCACCCAAAUAUUAUUUUUUUGUUUGCUUUAAAAGAUCUUCCAAGACUGAUGUUUUUUUUAGUGGCUUUAAAUUGAUCUUUUACAAAUGUUAUUAAACAUAUAAAAACCUGA